UCGAGAGUAUGAGAUCAGUGGUAGCAUUGUCAGUUUUACGCUCAUUGGUAUUAACGCGUGGACGCUAAAUCAUUCUCUCAAUGGUCUCGUUGGAAACAGGAAGUGUCUGUUUAACUCACUAGUGAAUUAUCGGGUUGGAGAAAGAAAUUGCGAUACAUACUGACUUGAUGCUGUGACUUGCAUCAUUGGGAGGAUUGAUACUCGCCGAGAUGACGAUCAUCGCGGGGUCUCGGUGGCUUCAGCUAUUUAUUAUCAUUUUUUUCGUCACAAUUACGACUCAAGAGAUUACGCAAGAGUGCGGUAGGACGAAAUGUAAAAUAGAGGGAAUACCGAAAUUUAAAUACAACGUGGGAACGAUUUAUCGUUAUCAUCACAGUGUCAAUGUGAGCUUGAACCUGGGAAAUGCCUCGACGGCAUCGAAUCUCUUCAUCACGUCACUCGUAGAAAUUGAAUUUACAACGCCAUGUGAGGCUGAUCUUCGAAUCAGUGACGCGGGUAUAUCCCAACGCGUAAAAUCAGAGGACGAGUCGAAAUAUUCGGACCGAACGGAAACGAAAUUUAAAGAGCACCUCGAGGAAUACAGUCUGCGAUUUGCGUUCGAGGAUGGACACGUCCGAGAGGUGUGUCCUCAUUCCCAGGAUCCCGUGUGGAGUGUGAACAUCAAACGGGGAAUACUGUCGAUGCUCCAGAAUACCAUGAAACGUUUCGACGUGGAUCACCACACAAACGAGCUCGACGUGAAUGGAAUUUGCGACACACAUUAUCGACUCCACGAGGCCAGGAAGACAAGUCUCAUCGUCACGAAGGCGAAGGACCUGGACAGCUGCUCCAACCGUGGCAAACACCUCUCGAUAAUCCAAUCAACUGGAUACACUAGUCCUCGGAAGCACUCGAAGAACAGCCUCCUGGACUCGAACUUGAACUGCGAAAUCGUGAUCGAUCACAAUAUCUAUGAGAGUGUCUACUGCAAGGAGAGUCACACCCUGAAGGCCCUGUCCAAUCGUGAUGCUGCAGUCAAGUCAACAGUGAAUUCCGCCCUGACCCUCAUUGAAGAGAUAAAUAAAGAGGACGUAUUUGAGGACGAGGAAGAAACAAUAGAUUACAGCAAUAUAGUCCCCACGAAUCUUUUGUACGAUCACUCGUCGGAGACGUCAUCAGGGAAAACCAGUUACUCAGAGCUGAGAACCUCCAGAGACCUCUUAAAGAGCAUGUGCCUCCUGGGCUCCAGUGGACAACUGGAGCAACAGUUCUCUGAACUAUUCACGAAAUUCAUUCACUCAGCACGACUACUCGAUUACGCCUCAUUGUCGGCAUUAUUAAAAAGGGCUGAUGGUAUUUGCGUUGGUGGCAGAAAGCGCCUCCUGGAUGCUCUUCCCUUCAUAGGAACAGGGAGUUCCCUCAAGGUAAUGAGAGACACGAUGUCCAAGAAGAUGGUGGACAAGGACACAAGUGACAAAUGGGUGACUGCUAUCGCCCUGGUACCUCGUCCUGACGCAUCAACAGUCGCUGCACUCCUCUCUCUUCUGGAACUCGAGGGAGAUAUGCCUGAUGCGCAUCUGACACUCGUCUAUUCCGCUGUGGUCCGAGCAUUCUGCCAGAAUGAUGCUGUUAUGAAUAAAUGGAGGCGUCGAGAGCAGGGGGGAUUCUUCCAGACUGACGACUGUUUAUCGAUCGAGGGAACUGGUAUAAACAAAUUUCUAGCGAGAUUAGAAGAUACUAUUGACAGAGGUUGCAACCCUCGACCCCAUAACCCAGAGGAGAAUAGAAAGACCUUGGAGGCAUUGAAAGCUAUUGGAAAUAUGGGACUAGAGACUCGGGGCAUUUUGAGGAAGCUGGAGACGUGCGUUAAUGAUGUCUCGGGAUUUCUUCCCAUGGAAAUAAAAAUUUCAGCUAUCGAGGCGCACAGGAGAUUACCCUCCUGCCAGGAUACGAGAGAUAAAAUGUUCUUGGAACUCUAUCGAAACGUCACUCACGAUCCUGAGAUAAGGAUUGCCUCGUAUUUACAAGUGAUGAGGUGUCCAGAUUACACGGUUAUCAAGACGAUAAAGGGCAUCCUCAGGGAGGAACCGGUGAAUCAGGUCGGAUCCUUUGUCUGGAGUCAUCUGACUAAUUUACACGCCUCGUCGUCACCCACGAGAAUUGAAAUACAGAGUCUGUUAACGGAUCGCGAUCUCGGGGAUAAAUUCAACAGCGAUGCCAGGAAAUAUUCCCGAAAUUACGAGUCGUCGUUUUUCUCGGAGGAGUACAACGUCGGUGGGACAUUUCAGAGCAAUGUCGUGUUCUCAUCCAAGUCUUAUAUCCCAAGGACAUUGACGUUUAAUGUGUCUCUCGAUUUAUUUGGAGAGUCUGUUCAUGUUUUCGAGGCGACUGUCAGGAUGGAGGGAAUGGAGUAUUAUGCGGAGAAGUUCUUCGGUCCUGAUGGACCUCUAGCCAAGGACAAAAUAUCCCAGCACAUUGCCAGUUUCCUCAGGAAAAUACGAUCUCCAGAGGAUAUGAGCGCUCUUUGGGACGGGAUCAAACGCCUGCCAAAUAUUAUUGACAAUAACUUUGGUGAUCCGACGAUCAGCGUCUCGUAUAAAAUAUUUGGAAAUGAAUUGGACUUCAGGACGUUGAGGGGAAAGGACGAAAUCGCUAAGAAUAUUUUCGCACUGGAUCCCUGGAGUAAAAUAUUGAAAUUAUUCUCUGGAAAAGAAAUCCGGUACGAGAAUUCCGCGAUGUUCUUGGAUUUCAGUUACAUCGUGUCAAGCACUGCAGGAUUACCAGUGCGAUUGGAUCUCACUGGAUCAGCUGCUUGCAAUCUCAAGCUCUCUGGACUCCUGGAGGCCGGGCAAUCCUCAGGGAGAACUGAUAUUCAAUUCGCUGGAAAUUUAUCACCGAGUGUAAGUGUCGAUGUCACCGGGAAAAUGACAGUGGACGCCUUCUACAAGAGCGCAGCUAUCAAACUGAGAAGUAAUAUUUACACAUCGAGUGCAGUGAGACUGAAACUCGAAGUCAAGGGAAUGGAAUUGAUUAGACUGAACGUGGGGCUGCCCAAUCGAAAGCUGGAGGUCUUCUCCAUGAGGACUGAUAUUUUAUUAGUAAGUGGAAACGAAGCGACGACGACGGAAACGUCAGCUAUUGGCUCUCUGAGACAUCAGCCCGUGUAUUUCGCGAAUACCACCUGCAGCUGGCCCGUCCUGGAGCGAUUGAUAGGUUUGAAACUUUGUCUUGAUUAUCAAUUCCCGAAUACCACCGAGAUAACUGAUGCCUCGUAUCUCUUGCUGAAUGGACCUACACUCCUCAGAACUUCUAUUAUCAAAGCUGAUCCAACAGCUGAGAGUUAUUUAUUCGAGUACAAGUGGAAUGCAUCACCCACGGAGAGUACAAUAAAAUUAGCAUUCGAUACUCCAGGCUCGAAGAUCCAUCGGGAAGCUAGUGCGGUCUUGACUUUCGACGCACCCACGCGAAAUGUCAGUCUUCUUCUCUCGUCCGCGGGGAAUAGUCUAGUAGCGAAAGGGACGUACAAACGAACUGACGACGAGGCGAUGGUCGACGUAGGUCUCGACGUCAAUGGUACCAAGCACCUGCAGGGCUACAUGGGCUACACCCGGACUAAGGGGAAUUAUGGGUACACGUACAAUCCCAAGAUGUAUCUCGCCAUCAACGGUGAACGAGUCGCUGAACUUCAGGGAACGAUCAGAGACGCCCACAAGAACAAUGUCUCUCAGUGCGAUAUCGAUUUAACUUUUGAAACGAAACGAGUCAAGAGCAGAGUUAUGGGAUACGUUAUGACGAGGGAAACGAGUUUAACUGGAAAUGUCAAGCUCGAGUAUCAGUUUCAGCCGUCGAAGAAGAAUGAGACUCUUCAGGUGGAGAUAUCGUUGGCUAAUCGAUCGACUAAGACACUGACGCAUAAAGAAGCUAAUCUGAAGAUCCAGUCAAGUGCUUAUCCUCAGUUGAACGCCAUCAUCAAUAGUUGGUAUCAACAGGCACUCGGUCAUCUCGAGCUUCAUCUGGAGAUCAAUGGGAAACCUCAUCUUCGAGACGAUCGGCACAAAUUAACGGCGCAACUGGUUUUAACCCACUCCAAGGCAUAUUUUCAAAGCGAUGAAUCGAAGAUUAACGCGUAUUUUGCGUUGAGAAAGCCGAUACAAAAUCUCGACAUAAAGAUCGGUAUCCAGAGAUUCUCCAUCGGCCCCUCUUCCAAGACGUACUUCCUGGUGAGAUAUGCACCGGGAAAAGAGAUCACUCUAGCCGUCAAUCUCAUCACACCCCGGGGAAAUAUGUAUGCCGUCGAGGCGCACGUUAACAUGACGAUUCCAAACCUCGUGCCACUGGUAAUCGAUUUAAAAAUAAACGAGAAAGCAAGAAGAGAGUAUGACAUAGAUUUUGCUGGCACUUGGUUCAGUGGACACAAUGGUACAAUACGAGGGACUUACGCGGACAGAUCGUCGGGUGUUCCUGGUAUGGCAGGAGCUCCUCGAAUUGUCAGUCACAGUCUGAAGUUGCUGGUGAGAUCCCCGAGUCUGGAGAGAGACGUCUUGAUCAAUUGCAAACUCUACCGAGACCUCAUUGACGUUAAGCUGGACGUCAACGUGGAGUACCUGGACGCUGAUAAAUACGCUAUCAUGUUCGAGCACUCUCAGGUGCACCUGGGAAAAUUUACGACGUCUGCUGAAGCGAGAUACAAGAACAACGUCUACGGAGUCACUGCCAAUUUCGAUGUCCAGGGGGAGAUCAGGAUGGAGAUACAUCUGGAUCGCUGGAGGGACGUGCACUUAGUCCUCACUGGGAUUAACCAAGAGACCAAUAAGGAGUUUGGAGUGGAGGUCAGGUGGGACGCUAAUCGUGAUCCUGACCUCAAGUUUGCAGCGCUGUUGCGGUUGGCUAAACAGUACGAGGACUUGGGAGUCUCCUACUCCAGGAACUUGACGGCGUUCGCGAUGGUGACGUACCCUGGAAGAUUAUUCACGACCUCGGGACUGCUAGCCAUGAUCAAUGGUAAUAAUUACAUAAUCGAUGGAAAAAUCGUUUGGGAUCCAGAGAGCAUUAUCCAGCUUGGUAUUGACAUCGAUUUCGAUCCUGAGAAUUGGCGGAAGUCAGCGAAAUUCGAUGGUCAGGUCCUUACACCCUUCGAGGGAUGGAGGAAAACCAGUUUGAAUUCAAGGUACAAUUGGACAGAGAAAACAAUCGCGAUGAACUGCGAUGCGCACUGGCAGGACAACGAGAAGGUCCUCGUUCAUCUCCUCGCGAGUUAUGAGCCUCUCGAAGGUGGUGAUGAGUACAAAGCUGACUGCGGAUUGAUCAGCACGAUUCAUAAUAUCGGAUGGAUGACUGCUAAUGUCACUCACAAACUCUGGCGUACAUCCCAGACAUCGAAUAUGGAUUCGACGAUUCUCCUCAGGUACAAUCCUGACAACGUCGUGGAUGUCAAGAGCAAUUGGAGUAUCGAAGGACCUUCUAAUAUUGGAGACAACAUCACCGUGACUGGAAAUCUCCAGUUUGCAUCGCCCAUCGUUAAUUACAAAAACGGAAACAUCAAGUGUCAACUCAGGUGGGAGCCCAACUGGAAAUUCGGUGGUGCUUCCAGUGCAGAGAUCGAUCUCAGGAAAUAUACGGGGAUUUUACGGGGGGAUCUAGCGAGAAUUAAAGAGUCGAUGAUUGAGUUCAAUCUGACGAGUCCACUGGAGAAAUAUCGCCUGGUCACUGGGAGGUUUGGAAUUUCUGAGAGAAAUAGGCAUGUAGUUGCUGAAGUUGUCAGUCCUUCAGGGCCUAUAGGGAUUGAAGCCCUUUGUCAAUUAUUUACGACUACCAAUAAUGAUUUUAACGUCGUGAUGAAGGUCUCCACGCCCAUCGAACUCCUCCAGAGGUUCUGGAUCAUAGCGAAAAUGGCGAGGACUGAAGCGGAUUUCAGACUGGCGUACAAUAAUAUCACAGCUGGAUUCCAGGCGGUCUGGCAUUACAACAACAUCACGGAUUUUCAUUAUAGUUAUAUUAUAUUUACGCCGAUUCAUGGACUCCACGAGAGUGGAAUCGUCGCGAAACUCAUUGUUCCUGGUCUCAAUGGACAGACCUCCAAGAAAUACGCGAUUGACACUGAAUUCUCAGUUAGAAUUGUGGAGAGAAAAGUUGGAUUGAGAGCAAUCAGUGGACCGAGGAUAACGGCGAGAGGAAUGGAGCUUCUAACUGAUCCCGAGGCUGAUGAUGCGCAUAAGGACGACUUCAGCUGGCACGGGGACGCUGAAGUUCAUUUGGCUGUUAUUUCUCCAAUCACUGGAACCCUCGAUGUUGAUAAAGAUGGUGUGGUCUAUCAGGCUGCAGGAAUCCUGGGGAUUCCGAACGGCGUGAUAAUCCUCAAUGACAAAUUCACCUUUGAAGAUGUCUUUGACAUGAGGAACAUCCUCGAGGUAACGACGCCCUUCCUUUGGGCUUCUCGGAUCAGUUACACCUACAUCUUCAAAGUGGACAUGGAGAACUCUGUGUACUACAUGGACACCCAGUUGAAUGUGAAUCGAGUGUUAUCAAUCAAUUCUUCGUACUGGAUCGAGACUGGAUUGACCGGUAAUUAUUCUUAUGCAGAAGGGGAUGAGGAUGACUCGCAGAAUCAUCGACUUGAGUUAAUCCUGAAGACUCCCCUGGAGUCCCUGAAACGAAUCGACGCAGUUGGGACGUACGAGCACGAUGAGAACAUCUUCAGGUCGAGCAUCAAAGUGAGAACUAACGAGAGCAGUGCACAUUUCAGUAGUUCACUGGAGAUGGAGGAAAAUUUCAGCGAUGGUACAUUCACAUUGGGAGUCAUUUCCCCGAUUUUAGAAAUUCCGACGACGAAGAUCACUGUGAAAAAGGACUUCACGGAGAAGGAGAAGCGGAUCGAGGCUGGAAUUGAGAUGGAGGAGGUGAAGAGAGCUCCAUGCAGGGUGCAACUCGCUUGGGACAUCACGUCAAACCACCAGGCGAUGGUCUUCGUUGGCUUGGAGACAUGGGUUGAAUCCCUACCCAGUGCCGAGUUCCUGGUGGAAUAUUCUAACAGUUUGGCUCAGAACAAGAGCCUUCGAGUCAAUACUACACUUAAACAUUAUCCGCAGAGUGAAUACAAAGUGGCAGCUGUUUACGAACCAACUGGUCAUGUUCAGAUUAAUCUCGAUGGGCCAGAGGAUAUGGAGUACAAAUUCGACGGAGUGGUCGAUCAAUCGAACAAGAUCACUGGGGAAUUGAGGAAUGUGAAGACUGCAGUGAUUUAUCGGGUGAAUGGGCAGUGGAAUUUUGAAAGGGGUCAGGAUAACAUCGUCACCAUGGACACUGGAAUUUUAUUGUCUAAUGAUAAAGGAGAGGAGCAUCACGUUGCUUUGACGCUGGUGAGAGAGAAGGCUGGACUGAAAUUUAUUGUAACCAGCGAUCGGGUGAACGCAGAAUCCUCGUUGGCAUAUAUUAACGCCUUCAACUGGAACAUCAGUAUCACGACGUCGUACCCGAGGAUUCAAUCCUCGAGGAAUGGAGAAAUGAUUCGAUAUAAUUUACAAGCGCAUUCUAAUGUUCAAACGAAUGGGGAGACAAGUCUCUAUUUUCGAGGGGAUACUCCUCUCCGCGGGCUGGAGAGUCUCGAAACCUCUGCAAAUCUUCUCCUGGGGAGUGACAAUGGAGAUGCUAGAAUUGUACAUCAGUUGAAUGAUGAUCGGUACCAACUGGAUUGCGCGUGGAAAUUGGCGUACAUGAUUGACAUGCUGUUCAGGGUGAAUGGAUUGGCGAACGACAGGAAGGCGGGUAUUGAGGUGUUCCUGAGGAAGGCCACCACGAACCUGAAUACGGGUUUUGAUGUGAAUGUCGAUGGGGACCGGUGGCGAUGUGCCACGAAUGCAACAGUGAGUUACAGGGACUCGGAGAAUUUGGAUGGAAUAAUUUCUGUUAAACUUCCACCUCCAGACGAUGAUAAUCAUCAGAUUCUGGUGAGUUAUCAUGCGAAUGGUGGCCUGAGGGAUGCCAAAUACGUGGUGGGAUACACCGCGACGAGGGCAAAAGCGAAUUACGCGACUGAUGGGUCUAUUCUCUUCGGUGAGAGGAACAUUGAUGGCCAUUUGAGAUUGACCUGGGGCACGUAUCCCGGUGAGGCCAUCAAUAACAUCUUGAAUGCCACAUUCGAAGGAACAAAGAUAGGUCUGAAGUACUCGUUGCACACCCCGAAGUUCAUAGACCAGGAGACCGGAAUAAUCGUGUUGAAUUACGACGGAGGGACGAGCCAGAGGAGCAUCCUGGACGCAGAUGUCUAUUACCCAUCAGCAACGAAAGUUGGAACAGCCCAUAUAUCUUACGACAGUAUCAACAACGUCAACGGAACUCUGAAUGCCACGACCUCAUUCCCAAGAUUCUCAUACGCAGCCUGUGAUUUCGUUGUCCUGACAACCCUGAGGAGGAAUAAACGAUAUGUGAAAGUAUUCUGGCCGAACGACACAGCCCACAUAAACUCGGAUUACUCGUAUCAGAGUGAGAGACUGAAUUCCAAUCUCGAGGGAAUUGUCCACCUGGAGGUGCCCCUGAGUACUCGACACAUAGCGCAGCUGAAUUACGGGUACAAGAAGAGGCCCCAGGUGACUACUGGAGGUGCACAAUUGGAUUACAAUGAGGAGAGAAUUCUCGAUGCGAAUUACAACUCCAAGAGUGAGUCACGAGGAGGCUUCGACAAGGAUACCAUUCAAAUAACUCUGGAAAAUCCUUAUCAGCCCCUGGGAAUUGAUUACAUCAAUCAGUUCGAGUACAGUGCGGGCAAUGCUGGCACGAAUUAUCCAACCCUGGAGUCGAGACGAGCGCAUGUUUACAGGCUGGACAACAGCUCGGCCUUCAGUAUAUCUGGGGAGUCUAGAAUCAGAACAACUCACGAGGGCCAGGACAUCGAGCUCCAAGCCGAGAGUCUCAACAAAACAGUUAAAAUACGAACGGAUUAUCAAGUGAUACCUGGUGAGUUCAAUCACAACUGUCGAUUAGAUCUGGCACAGGACGCCUGGAUGACGUACAGAGUAAAUAUCGUGAACAAAACGACUGAGGAAAUUGAUAAUCAAUUUAUCGUCAUAGACAUCACUUAUCCCUAUCGAAAUUUUACGAUUGAUGGAUCGUACAUGAUAACCAGUCACGAAUUCAAUACAGAGGGGAAAUUAUUUUGGAAUAAGACAUAUCCUCCAGGUGAGCAGCCCUUCGAGUACGAAGUGGAGAGGACAAUUGGUGCUGGGUUUGAGUGGAAGAACUUGACAGAGAAUACCCAAGGGGCUUCUGACAGACAACUCCUUAAUUUCACGUUGAAACAUCCCAGUCUGAGCAAAGACGCUCAUCUAGCUGGAUAUCUGCACAGAAGGGAUGGAAAGAUGUUGCUCAAUGCCACAGUCAUUGUGGAUUACUCUGAGAACCCUGACAAACUCGGAAGGUUGUCCACUGUCAUCCAGAAUGACAGCACCUCCCCCAAAGACGUUAGAUAUUCUUAUUUGAUACAGGGAAAACACCCCAGGACGAGACUGACUCUAGACGUCACUGGAAAAAUCACGAAGAACUCCUGGUCGCUCUUCCACACGUAUCACAAUGCCAGUUACUUCAGGGGUUUUCGAACUGAAGACCAAGGCCAUUUCUACACGACGAUUGAUGUCCCCAGGCGACAAUUUGAGUUCCACAGGGAGAGCAAUGAUGUCACGAAACAUCUGGAUUUCGGUUACUACCCGGAUCACCCGAUUUACAAAGCAAACGGAAGUAUUGUCGAUUCGGUGAAAUAUUUAAAUGCCACUGGCGCCUAUUAUUUGAAUAUUCCUGAAAAACUCACGUGGAUGAUGGUGAACUACACUCCCGACGCCGUAACCAGUCUCCGGAUGUACGGCAAUAUUCCGGAUGUUAGAAAUGCGAUUUUCGAUGUGUGGAGAACGUACGAGAGGGAUCUUAUUGUCAAUGAUGUUUCUUUCUACUUGAAAUUAAAUCAUUCGAGGCUUGUUACAUAUACUCUAAAGUGGCGGCCAGAACUUAAAAAGGAUAUUGCGGAUAAUAUUCGGGGGGCAAUGGCGGAUUUUUAUACGGAAUUUGGUAAAGACUUGGAUUAUUGGAAGUAUUACAUUAAGAGCGAGAGUGUUAGUGCUAUUAAUGAGAUAUGGGAUGAUGCCAAGGAUGAUCUCAGGGGCUAUAUCAAUGACUGGGAGAAUCUCAAGGAACUCGAUGAUGAUCUGGAGAGGCUCAAGAUUUAUCUGAAUGACUCGUACAAUUCCAAUGAUUUUUACAUCAAGGAUCUGGUCGCUCUGGGAAUGUAUGUGGUGGAUGAACUCGCUUUGAGGAAACAUAUAGAGUCUUUGCCAAAUAUUUUUAAUGAGAUCUGGGAGAUCAUGGGGGAGUCCGGGGAGGCUAUCAGGAAGUCUCUGGUGUGGAUCAUCGAAGCCACCAAGGAUGCUUACAAAAAACUCUGCGAGAUGGUGAGUGCUGUGUUGAAGGGGGAAUCAUUCUCUCAAAUUGCUCAGAUCAUCGAGAAAAUGGUCGAGAAGUACGAUAAAUUCAUGAAGGAUCUUCAUGUGUCAUUUAUCAAGUACAUCAAUCACUUGUGGAAUAAUGUCUCUAUUGCGAUUAAUCGCCAGUGGAACAGGAUCUUGGAGGCUAUGGAGCCUCUUUUUAUCAGGGUUCUGCAUUAUUUGGAGGCAGUUCUUUGGAAAGCGAGUAAAGAAAUUCUGGAUUUCUUGUACGAUCGGAGGAAUGAACUCAUCAAAUCCCCGUAUUUUGACAGACUGGCGAAUUUUACUCAGGACGUUGAUAGAUUGUACAAGGAUAUCAAGAGCAAUGACAUCAUCACGAACAUCAGGAAGUACUCGGCGAUUAUUAUUACUUUCCUCCAGGAGCGAUACUUCACGAUGGUGCCUUUUGGAAAAGAGUUGAAAGCUAUUAUCGAUGAAAUUCUUAUGGAACUCUCGGAGCUCAAGAAAUUACCGAGUGUUCACUUUGCACUUGAUAAAAUAAAUUACAUCUACGAACGAGUCAGCUACUUCUACAAAUAUUUUGGGGUCCAAGCGAAACUCGAGCGUACGAUUAAAAUUAUUCACGCAAAACUCAUGGACGUCAGUCAGAGUGCACUCCAAGCUGAGAGCAAAUACAGAGAGGCGAAGACGAAAUUUAUAUUCGAUCCGAAUAUCGGGUUGAUGUGUUUGGAACAAAAAUUACCGGUCUCCUGGCAUGCUUUCAAUCAGACCCCAGAGUUUCAGGAGAUCCCUGAGUACCGGGCGAUUAUCGAUUUGAGAGACUAUUUCACAACAUCUAAUGCAACUUUUUGGACGCUGUACUAUCGCUUCAGGCCUUACACCGAUCCAUAUAAUUUACUGCCACCUUUCAAAGCCCAGGCGAUGAUCGUCGGUCAUCAGCACUACGUCACCUUCGAUAAUCAUCAUUAUGAUUUUGUGGGGAAUGGAUCUUAUCUGUUGGCCACUGAUUUUGUGGCUAGUGAAUUCGCUGUUAUAAUUUGUUAUGACACAAUUGCAGAGAGUAAUUCCACAAUGAAACAUAAAAUCAUUGUUCUGUGUGGACCUCAGGAAAUUGAAAUAAACGUUUUUGAUGAUACGGUUUUGGUCCGAAACUCUAAUGAUUCCCUUCGACUCCCGAUGGAAUUGGAUAACGCGAUGGGAUUCGUACACCAGAAGGAGAGCAUUGUCACGAUUGAAUUGAAAAACGGAUUGUUCAAUCUCAAAUGCAAUUUGAAGUAUGACGUAUGUGUUCUAGAGCUCGCUGGAUGGUAUUUUGGAAAAACAGCCGGAUUAUUAGGAACCUUCAACAACGAACGAUAUGACGAUACAAUUCAGUCAAAUGGAAUUGUAACCAGUGAUAUCCUGGCUUUUGGAAACAGUUGGAGAAUUCCAGAGAUAAAUAAUUCCCAAAAUAAUCCCCAGCCCUUGAAAAAUCUAGCAACAACCGGAGAUGCUGAUAAGGAAGCGCUCAAAUUCUGUCAGAAUAUAUUCUCAAAUAAAAGUUCUGAAUUCGGUGAUUGUUUUGCUGUGGUAGAGCCAACGCUUUAUGCCACUGCCUGUGCUAAUUCGAGAUCUGUACCUGAAGCUUGUACAUUGGCAAUAUCUUACAUGCAAGUUUGCAGUUUUUACGACACUUACCUGAGAAUUCCGGACACCUGCACUUCUUGUCCCAUGGCCGAUGGCUCAACUGUUCCCGAGGGAGAGUUCCGGAAAUUAGAAGGCAAUCGUGUACCUCAGUCCACGGAUGUUGUUUUUAUCGUCGAGGCGAAGUCUUGUAAUUAUGAUGUGAAGCACAAUCGCAGUGUCAAUACUCUGGUGAAUCAGAUUAAUAAAGAACUCAUGGACGCCGGACUGAAGAAUAACCGUUGGGCUUUAGUCACUUUUGGCGGGAACGGGGUGUACGAUAAACCGCGAAGUCUCAUUCUCGAUAAUAAAAUAUUUACACACGACAUCGAGAGAUUCCCCGAGUAUUUCGAUACAAUCAAAACUGGCGAUGGCAAUCAAGAUGUUUUUGGGGCAAUUGUCUUUGCUUCACAAUUGGUAUUCAGAGCCGGCGUCUCCAAGACUUUUAUUCUCAUGCCAUGUUCACACUGCGAGCCACAAAAUCAAACACUCGAUUACUCAGUUAUCAAUCAAGUACUUCUUGAACAUGAGACGACACUUCAUAUUCUCAUGGAUGGGGAUUUUCACUUCAGCAAGCAGAGGCUCAGUAAAAUAUUCUAUGGACUUGAUGCAACGAAAUCGUAUACUAGGAAAGACGUUAAAGUACUCCGUGGGGAUGUUGAUCUGAGGCGUCAGGUUAAAAUGUCGAAAAAUACACUGGGGUAUUGCACACCACUGGCUUUGGAGUCUAAUGGCACGAUAUUCAGCGGGAAUAAGUUGAGAUUUGAGAAAUCAACGGCGAUUAAAAAAUUCACGAGCGUCUUCGCGAAGAGAGUCGCUGCUACUGCCCUCCCAAGCCACUGCCAACAUUGCGAGUGCACUGCUGAUAAUGAUGGAGUCACUCAUAUGGAGUGUAUACCCUGUGUUUAUCCAAUGCCGACGUAUGUCGAUUAUGUGAGCGAAACGUUUAAUGAAGACGACACCCUCUCAGUUCUCCAACCGAUGGACGCUGACUACGUUCAAAUUGAUGAUGCAGAAGACUAAUUUUACGUUAAUAUAUAUAUUCUCUUCAAUAUCACAACUCUCAUGAGUUUCAGUUUGUAUUAUAUUUGAAAUAAUUACAUUGUUAAAUCAGAUUUAUAAUAUUUCACAUGUGUCAUAUAAAACCAUUUUCUAAUGCUCAA